AUGAUCGCCAGCAUCCCUGGGAUCGUGGGCACGCCGACGGUUCUUGGCCUGGGCGGCGUCCAGGCACCAGUGCUCGGCUACCAGCCGGUGACAUUCAGCUGCGUCAGGGGAGCCACCUGCCAGAUCCGCAUUCCAGCCGCAAAUGGUACGGGAGUCGUGCCGUCCGGAUCGAGUUCGCUUCUAGUUGUUGCAGGUGAGACAACCUGUGGAUCGACUUCUCUUCAGGAGCUGGCAACGCUGCCGAGAGCUGCGACCGGGGUGUUGGCAAGCAACCCAGUCGAUGCUUCCUCACCCUCGGCAACCUCCGUCCGCCUGGUGUCCCUGGGAGAACCCAUCCUCGAGGGCAGCUACACGCUGUGCUUCUGCGCCGGCAGCGACAGCGGCAGUGGCGCCUGUGCCCUUGACCGCGAUUUCUUCAGCCUUGUGGGAAGUCUCACCGUUCGAGGGCCGGCGGCAAGCAACGCCCUCUACUGCGUGGUGUCCCAGAACUGUUCCCUGGCUCUAUGGGGCGUGGAGCUUUCUGUAUGGGAUUGGAUCCUGGUGAGAGAGGAAGGAUCAGGCAGCUGUUUCGACUCGAGCCGCGUUGGAUUCCAGGCCUCUGACAAGUUCCUGAUCAAUCCGGCCGGCUUGCCGCAAGAGGACAUACAGCAACAGUGGAUUUUUGAUCUUGGAACGUCAAGCCAGACUGGGCAGUACCAACUGUGCUACUGUGCGGGCUACAAGGCAUCGCCUGGCAGCAGCGCUGCGCCAUGCCAGGCCCCUGCAGACUUCACGAUGCAGGUGGGUACUCUCGUCGUCCGCGGCUUGCAAGAUACCGGUCUUUCUUUCGGAUGUGUCAAAUCCUCCAAGGGGGACGGGCAGGCUCAAUGCGCACUCCCUGUCCAGGGCAGCAGCCUCAUUCCCGAGCAGGACAAGAUGCUGGUCAUGCCCCUGUCGGACACAACAAGCUGUGGAGAGGUCGCGGCCAGCCGCGGUUUUGGCAUCAGCCCGAAUCCGAUCCCCAUAAGCCUGGCGAACACCACUGGAGCGCCGGUCCUACGAUACCUCCAGGGCUCAGUUCGGUGA